CUAUGAAUAUGUACACUAACCAAAUGCAGUUUAUUGAACUUUCAGUUACCUAUUCAACAAAUAUAAUCAUGCCACCAAAGAGAAUAUCUAGCAAAUCUCGGAGAGUGCCAACUCCUGCCUAUCAACAAAACAAGAGACGACGGGUAUCAACAAAUAUGGAAGCGGUCGCGACAUCUACGCCCCUAUCCCCUGAUGUCCUGGAAACCAUUACCAGAGAAGUAACCGAGCGGGUCACUGCUACAAUCAGAGAGGAGUUGACAACGCUAAUAAGUAAUGUGACCAGCAGCACCACAGCCACUAGUCAGGGGAGUAUUAGUAAUAAUACUUCGGGGGUUUCUGUCAAUAAUGAUCAAGGCUUAACUAAUUCUGUUAUUUGUGGGUCAGAAUCGACUGCCCCAAGUACAUCCAAUGACCAAGCUAUUCAACAAUCUGUUGAAGCCUUGGUAAUUAACCAUACUGAAAAAAUAGCAGGUAAGAGUCCCAGUGGUUUUGUUAGUACAGCAAUCCCAAUAGAUGCUAGGGUGUCAGACCAACUCAAGUCCAAAAUAAGGUCAAACCAGUAUGUUGACUUCAUAAAACUUCUUUCAAAAGAUAAGCAGAAGAAAGGUAAGUUUUCUUUACAAGUUGAGGAUGGCGACAGUCCUGGUAAGUUGACAAUCCACCAGGUGGAGAAUGAUUCAUCAAAUGACGCAUCUGUCUCCUCCAUGCAUGACUGGCUUACUGCAUGGAACAGAUUUUCUGCAAUUUAUUGCAUGAAAUACACUGAUCAACAGGCAAAACUAGCAAAGCAUUUAGAAGCAGUCAGGGAGAUAGCAGAUGCAAAGGGCAAUUGGAAAGGGUAUGAUACAGACUUUAGAAUGCUCGUGGCUCAGGGACAAGUUGCCUGGGGGGGAUGUCCACAUGGAGUUGUAUGUCAAUGCCAGACUGACAACAACCCAGACAAUGAAACCAAGCAAAGGUAGUAAAGACCUACAGUAUAGAUCAAUUCCCAAGGGUGCCUGCUUCCAAUAUCAUUCAGGUAAACACUGUCAGGCAGGAAUGUCCUGUCGUUUUCAGCAUAGAUGCUAUAACUGUGCAGGGGUUCACCCAUUUAUUCACUGUACAAAACCAACUAAGCACCCCUUUCGUGUCAUGCAAAAAUAUCAAAACCAAACAGGCAACACAAGUAAACAGUCUACCCAAACAAAAACAAACUCUACUGCCAAGCAAGGGCCCAACUCCAAUCAAAGUAAAUAGACUUGCUCACUGGUUAUCUGGUUAUGAUAAAGAUGAAACUAAAUAUUUAAUUGAUGGUUUUUCGAAUGGGUUCUGCUUAGGAUUCGAAGGAGAAUGUCCGGGAAUAGAGUCUAAGAAUUUGAAUUCUGCUCUUGCAAAACCUGAAAUUAUUGAUCAAAAAAUACAAAAAGAAAUUUUGGCUGGUAGAAUCCAGGGCCCUUUUGAAAGUAAGCCAAUCCCUAAUUUACAAUGUUCACCAUUAGGUUUAGUUGAAAAGAAAGAGCCGGGUGAAUAUAGAAUGAUUCAUCACUUAUCAUACCCAGAAAACCAAUCUGUCAAUGAUGGCAUACCACCAGAUGAGUCAUUUGUUCAAUACUCAUCAAUUUUAGAUGCGAUUCAUUUUAUAAAACAAUGUGGGAAAGGUGCAUUCUGUUGUAAAAUAGACAUUAAGUCGGCAUUUAGAAUAAUUAUUCUACACCACACACAGUUUAAGUUUGUCGGGUUUAAAUGGGAAAGCAAAUACUAUUUUGAUACCUGUCUGCAGUUUGGUCUAAGUUCAUCUUGUAAAAUAUUCGAACGAUUCUCAACAGCUUUGCAAUGGAUUGCACAAAAUAAAUUGGGUAUAUCUUGCAUUUCACAUGUGCUGGAUGACUUUAUUAUUGUAGACAAAUCACCGACACAAUGUGUUUACAAGCUCAAAAUUUUUUUGGCUAUGUGUACAGAAAUUGGGGUACCUAUUUCACUUGAAAAAACGUGUGGUCCCAAACAGGUGAUAACCUAUCUGGGUUAUGAAUUGGAUUCAAUUAAAAUGGAAUGUAGACUUCCAAAAGACAAAAUUUUAAAGUGUGUCAAGAAAAUUCAAUUUGCCUUGGAACAAACUAAGUUAACUUUAAAAGAACUGCAGUCAAUUAUAGGUUUACUGAAUUUUGCUUGUAAUGUAGUAUUGCCAGGCAGAGCCUUUUUAAGAAGACUAAUCGAUUUGACCAUUGGAAUCAAAAAGCACUUUUACAGAAUUAGGAUGACAAAGGAAGUUAAGGAGGAUUUGAAUGUUUGGUUGGAUUUUCUUUGCCAUUUCAAUGGUUCUUCAAUGUUUCUCCCUGAUAAAUGGAUAAGUUCAAAUGAAUUAAAGUUAUAUACUGAUGCCUCAGGUGUCAUUGGAUAUGCUGCAGUUUUUGGUAGUCAGUGGUUUAAAGGAGAAUGAAAUAUUAGUUGGCAGUACCAAAACAUAGCAGUCUUAGAAUUGUAUCCCAUUGUCCUGGCAGUACAAGUCUGGUCUAAAUUUAUGACAAAUAAGUGCAUUUUGUUUAACACUGACAAUCAAGCAUUGGUUCAUGUCAUUAAUAAGCAAACGUCUAAAGAUAAACAUAUCAUGUUUCUUUUGCGAAAACUAGUAUUGACAUGCUUACAAUAUAACAUUUAUUUCAGAGCAAAGCAUUUGACUUCAAAAGAAAAUUUACUAUGUGAUUGUCUUUCUCGUUCUAAGGUAAAUCAGUUCUUACAACUGGCGCCAUGGGCAGACAGAAACCCAGUCAACGUGCCUCCACUUCCAAAAUUUCCGAAUUAACAAGUGACAUCCAGAGACUCCUGGAUUCCAGUCUCACAAGUUCCUCAACAGCUUCGUACUCCCAUGCAUGGACAGUUUUUCAAAACUUUGCAAAGAAAUAUGGGUUUUUGGUUGAACUUCCAGUUAAACAACAUAUAUUAGUAUAUUAUGUUGCAUACCUCUUUUCGAGGGACUAUGCUGCAUCGACCAUUACAUCUUACCUCUCAGCUAUUAGUUACAUUCAUAAGAUUAACAAUUUUGGGGAUCCAUGCUCAUCCUUUUUAAUACAAAAAUUACUGUUAUCAACCCGCAAACUGAAACCUUCACAAGAUGUUAGGAUACCUAUUACCAAAAAUAUUUUACAUCAAAUAUGCGACGUUUUACCAUUUACAGUUUCUAAUGCAUUUGAAUCGGCCAUGGUCAAAGCAAUGUUUUUGUUGGCAUUCUACGGGUUUUUAAGGGUUGGAGAAAUAACAUCUUACCAGAAAGUAAUCAAUAAGAAUUUACUUCACAUCAAUCAGAUUUGUGUGGAACAAGACAAAAUUAUUAUCAAAUUUAUUACAUAUAAACAUCACAUGGGUAAACCAUUUUUUCUUACGAUACAUUCAGCAAGUAGCAAAAACCAAUGUCCAGUUCAAUGCCUCAAAAGUUACUUAAGUUUAAGAGGGAUACAAAAUGGGCCACUCUUUUGCUAUGUGCCAAAUAUUCCAGUUACUAGGUGUAAAUUUUCCACAAUACUUAAAAACUGUCUCUCAUUUGCAAACAUGGACAUGAGUAGAAUAACAAGUCAUUCUUUCCGGAUAGGCAUGGCAUCUCAUUGCGCGGAUAUUGGCAUGAGCGACAGCAAAAUAAGACUCUUAGGUCGAUGGAAAUCGGAUGCAUUCAAAAGUUAUAUUAGGCCAAUUAACCCUUCCUAAGAACAAUGUCCAUAGGCUAUUUGUUAAUGUCUAGUUGGACAUGCUCUAUCGAGUGAGCAAGCGAAUGGAGAACUUAAUAGUGCCCGUGACAUUGGUGAUUGGUAUGUGGACUCUAAAAGUGCGAGCUCAGGAACAUAUGUAUAUUUCCUGAUAACGUUGAAACUAGGUGGGACAUAUGUUUAUUCCUACUUAUUUUACCUAUAGUUAGGGUUACUAUAUUUUGAUUUCAUUUGUGUGAUUAAUACAAAAUCGAAUUCAUCAGGAACAUAUGUAUAUUUCCUGAUAACAUUGCAUCAAGGUGGGACAUAUGUUUAUUCCUACCAUACAUGUUCUACCUAUAAAGUUAAGAUGACAUUUUAUGUUAAACUGGUGAAGUAUACAUAGCAUGUAUGUUUUGGGUGGGGCAUAUGUGUAUCCUCACCUACCAUGAAUAGUAGUUGCAUUUGUUGAGAUAAGGCUAAGGUUUGCAGAGCAUAUGUCUUUCUCUGCAAAGGUUGGUCUUAUUGGGUGUAUCUGCACUUUGCCACUUUCAUUUUUUUUUAUGGUGCUGUUUUUCUUCUCUCCUUGGGGUCUGAACUUGAUUAAUUGGAUUUAAUCAAGUACAUGGCGGUUUCAGACCACAAGGAAUAGAUGUUUUGGAAAUUAUGUAAUCACAUCAUUAAUUAGAUAAUUAAUGGGAAUUAUUGAUUAAUAUUGAUUUAAAAUAUUAAUUGGGUAGAUAAUCAAAUAUUUAUAAUUGUAUAUCAAUUUUUAAUAAGGUUAUUAUUACAUAACCAUUUAAUGUGAUCUACGUAAUUAUAUGUAAUCUAAAUUUGGGAUAAUUAAUAAAGUCACAGUGGUGGCAAAGUGCAACAUAACCUUUUCUUUCUGUGUUAUGUAUUAAUAUGUAUAAGAUGGAGGGCUCAGGUGGUUUAAGGACAUUAAGUUACGCGAGUGGAGGAAAAUCAUACUAUUCGAAUAUGCAUCGAAUUAUGCUUUACUGAGAGUCUGGGGAAUUCGAACAUUAUCAAUUAUGGAUAAAUAUAUAUAUAUAUAUAUAUAUAUAUAUUCAUAGAACAAAUGAAGUAAGCAAAAUGCUCUUUAUUUACACUAACCGCAAAUUUUCAUCCUUCGUACUCUAGAAUUACGUCUAGAUUAUUUCAGAUUAGAAAAAAGUUAGUACAUUGGUGUUUUUAUGUUUACUUGAAACAUCGCAAAUUCUUACCAGUUAAAGCUGCAGUUGAUGUGGCAGCUGAAAAAGUGUAAUAAAUCAUACAAUUAGAAGAAGUUUUCUACAAUAUCACUAUUUCCACUUCUCAGCAAAAUAGUAUAGUAUGCUUAAUUUUUAACAUAGUAUAAGGUUUACUCACCACAAUUCCCCUAGGGUAUUUCGAAUCAUUGCACAUAAAAAUCAUUGAUCGAUUUAUACACGGAGACAUUAAUAUUACAUUAUAUAACAUUAUAUAUAUAUUUAUUACAUAUAUAAGCAUUUUAUAAACUUGUAUAUUCGUAAAGUAUCUAUGUUUGACAAAAAAUUUUAAGUAAUUGUAAAUAGAUUUGCAAGAUAUUGCAAUAUGCUAGAAUGAUAGGAAGAAAAGUAAUAUAAUAACUCGUACGUGGUAAAGGUCUCUGCCGACGAGGUUCACUUUGUUCUUGAACUGUAGAUAAAAAAAUUAGAAAAAUAAUAGGAAGAAUAUAAUUAAGACUUUGUAAUCCUCUUUUGGAACCAGUGAUGACCAACUCCUUCAUUUAUUCUUUUCAAAUCAACAGUAGAAUGAAAACACCGUUUUCUAAGAAAGCACAUGAACCAUUGAUUGUUAUUGAUUAUACAAACCCACUUGAUUAGUAUCCACACGGUCAUAGUUUAAAAUUAUUUUAAAACAACGUUAUUUUCGUUCAUUGUAAAUGAUUCUAAACUCAGUUUGUUACGUUUGUAUUCAAUUAUAUUAAUUAAUUAAACAAUAUAUAUGAAGUGAAAAUAUCCUUAAAUCCUUGUGAAAUUACGGAAAACAUUAAGAUUAUGCAUGUAGCUAUCUAUUGGUUCAAUAAAACUUGACAAACAGACCA